AUGCCCAUGCUAAGAUUCCCUACAUCAAGUGACGCACCCUUUCCUCUAGAGCCGCUGGUUGCAAGUAAAUUUUCAGCUACACACCCGGCGCUCAUUGAGACGGACGAGUUGACGUUUCAGACACCCUUCUUCAGACAUAUGUAUUUCCACGCGGCACGUGUGCAAGGGCCUCUAUCGCUGGGCAGCGGUAUAAGCGCAGUGCUUGUGGCAUAUUGGCAGAGCAGGCGAGGGCCUCAUGUGGGUAUGCCACGUCUCUGGCUUUCUAGUGGCUGCCUUAUUGGUGCCAUUGUGCCCUUUACUGUGAUCAAGAUGUUUACGCUUUACAACAAUCUCGUGGACUUCAAGGGCUGUUUGCAUAGUGGUCAGUUGUGA